ACACUGGUGGUUAAGGUAGCGCCGCCGCUGCGCAAUUGUACAGGGGAAGUAUACUUAUCUGGCUGCAACAACAGCUUCCACGAGUCCGAAACUGAACGAGAGCUAUAUACAUACUACACGAGAGUGGAACUUGCAGAAAGAGCUCUUUUGAGUUUUGCUUGGGAGAUACCAAUGAUGUCUGCAAAACUUCUGCCAGUACUCGUGCUUUUAUGCAGUGUCUGCGUAAUAACAGCUCGCCAUAACCGCAUGUGCACUUACAUGAGAUCUACAAUGGAGAGCUCCCAAUACUAUGCUCAGGGAUCCUACAGCUCUUCGUAUAGCUGUGGCUUUCUUUGGUUGAGCAGGUGCUACCGCACUAGGUACAGUUCAUCACUUCGAUAUCGUUCGAGAAUGGUAUAUCGUCAACAUUUUGCUUGCUGUAGUGGCUAUCACGAUUUUGGAAGAGAGUGUUUGCCUGCAUGCACCAACUGUUCAGAGUCCCACUCGUGUAUAGCACCAGAUUUCUGUGCCUGCCCGGAGAACUGGUCUGGUGAAGGCUGCACAGAACCUCCCCAGAAUGUAACCCUCACGGCAACAGGCCAUGAUAAACUCGAGAUCACCUGGUCACCACCACCACCAGAGUUUUCCCCAACCCUCUAUGUCGUCAUUUGUCAAGAUGAGACGUAUCAUGUCGAUCCAUCGAGUGAACUUGUCCUGGAACUGGACUCACUGAUGACGUAUACUGCAUACAACUGCUGUGUCGCUGCUAAUACUGCGACAGGUCCAUCACGAAUCUCCUGUGCAACGCAAAUAACCCUGGAAACAGCUCCUGGAGAUGAACCACAAAAUGUAAUUGUGAACACCCUAAACAGCACUGCCGUACAUAUUCAGUGGAGCCCUCCCUUCACUCCUAACGGCAUCAUUAUCUUCUAUACCGUCUACAUCGAUGGUUCACCUGUGCUGAAUAUCAGUGCUACAAAUGGUACCCAAGACAGCACCAUUGGUGACUUCCUGCCAAACCAGAGAUUGGACGUACGUCUCUCAGCAAGUACGGAGGUUGGGGAGGGACCUCUGACAGUGACCCACAGUGUUACCACCCAUGAAUCAGUUCCGGGUCCAGUUGGGAAUCUGAGUGCCACUGCACGUUCUGGCAACAUCUUCUACGUCUCAUGGGACCAGCCAGUAUAUCCCAACGGAGCUCUCACUGGGUACCAAGUCUGGAUAUCAAACCUGAUAAACACCACAGAGACUGACCUUUACACAGUUGCCCCCAAUAUGCAGGAGCUGAUCAUCAGCAGCGGAAUUCGUCCAUAUGUAAGAUACAGAGUGUCAGUGACUGCUUCAACCGGAGUGGGACCAGGAGACCCAGUCAAUGUAACACUGUACUCACAAGAAGGAGUUCCACUGAGCGCCCCUCCAAAUGUUACCAGUACUCGACGUUCACCAACCUCUGCUAGUGUGCAGUGGGAUGAUAUAAGUUUGGAGGAUCUGAGAGGGUGGCUGGUGUCCUAUGAGAUUGGAUAUGAGAGUGUGACAUCCGAUGGCCAGUGUCCUGCGGCCAAUGUCUCAUCCAACACUGAGACAUUGUCUGUGGACCAAGAGAUGCAUGAAUUGACAGGUCUAGAUGCGGGACUGCAGUACUGUGUGAGGCUCGCUGGGAGGACCAGUGCUGGAGUCGGCCCUUUCUCACACACUCUCAUAUCAUGGUAUGUCAACAGCUUAUUCACGGUUACUCUAACUCUUGAAAAGGCAAACUGCAGAGAAUGGAUUGUGAGUUAUUUCAGCAAAUUGGGAUUGUGAGUUAUUUCAGCAAUAGUGUACCCUGUGAUACAUCUGUCUACCUGCUGCUACACAUUAUUUUUGUGCCACUAUACACAGAGUUUAGUUUGCCUUUUUCAUCCAUCCACAACACUCUCUGCUCAACAAACUCUAUGAAUGUAGACUUUGAGCCCUACUUGGUGGGUAUAGCCACAGGGGCAGCUCAGCAGGCAGGGUUCAAAGUCUACAGCAACCAGAUGGAGAUCUUUGUGGUGUAGUUGAUAUGCACUUGCUUUGCAUUGAGAGCCAUUGCUUCAUACAGGCCCAAGAUCCGGAGGAGAUAAUGGUAGACCUUGCAAGAGAUUUCAGCAGGGGUGUUGAACUAGUGUGCCGCUGCAAAUUUCCCGACAGCCACAUUGCAAAUGGACAACUGAUGUGUCUGAAUGACAACCUGAUAAUAUACCAGGGAAGGAUGAUAGGUACUAUUGACAGGGACAGCAACAAUCUCUUGGCAGACUUUGAGACGUGGGUGUCGAGUGAGCCGACAGUAAUAGCCCAGGGAGAGGUGCUUAAAGUAGUGAAGAAAUCGGGAAUUAAGCCGGAGAACACUCCCAGCGUUGAACCAAUAGGACAACCAGACACUCCACAAGACAGUAUUCCAGUGUCAGUGGUUGGUGGAGUGGCUGGAGUAGUUGGUGUUCUACUUUUACUGGCUGUUGUGGUCAUUGUAACCGUUGUGGUGGGCCUCCGCAAACACAAGAGAAAUUUGGAUUUGAAAUCACAAGCAAACAGUUUCGCUAGAAAUCAGAAUACAGCUGAUCGAUACACAACCCACACUCCCACGGAAUCCUUAUCUGACCUCGGAAAAGAUUAUGAAAAGCUAUCGAAAUGCCCAGAAGUCCCAGAACAGCAGAAAACUCCGCUCGAAUACGAAAUGCCAGUCAUUCAGAGUGAAAACAUCUACGAGGAUCCUGAAAAACUGACGAUGGAGUCUGCUGCAAUGGAGAACUAUGAGGUGAUGGCACCUGGUGUAGGAACGAGGGAUGAGGGAGAGGGAAAAGCCGGGGACGUUUACUCUGACAUCCAGUGAAGAAACAAAUUAUGGUUUACACUGUUUAUUAGUCUUAAGGCAUGCGUACAUAUUGGUUAAUGUGUUUUGGUAGCUACUUUAGGCUGCAAGGCAGCACGAAAUGCUUGUUGACUGCCAAAAUGUUUUGUUGUUAAAAUUUUUGUGCUCAGUGUUGCAUUGUGUAAAUAGUUAUGUGCAGCAAUGCGAAACAUUUCCUGCUAAGUGAUAAUUAAUCGGAGUUGUACGAUUAUAAUUAUUGUGCAUCUAGCUAUGCAUUGUCAUUGAACACACACGUUUGCCACAGAGUGUAUAUAGCUCAGCUACUAUGGCGUCAGAUUGCCUCUGCAUAGAUAUAUGAGUAGCUCACGAGAGAUUCCUCUGGCCCACUAGUCCCUCUCUGCAGCGGUUCGUAGGCUGGGUUGCUAGACACGGUGAUAUCACCACUGGCCAAGUAUGCCU